CACAAAUACAUCGUAUGGUUAUCAGUGUCGACACAUUCAAACCAGAUUUGCUUAAACCAACCGAAAUGGUCUCAUUGUUGCUCAACGAUGAAGAUCUUGAACGACGUUUUUGCCAACAACUCGAAGAACGACGGCUACAAAUAAAAGAAAGCACUGCAACCACAACAACAGCAACAACACCUGUCAAACAACAAACCAAACGUAAACUAAAAGCCAAACAAUCGUCGCCACAAUCAGCAAAAAAAAAAUGUUCGAAACGUUUUAAUCCGGAAAAUAAUGAAAUUUUUAAAGAUAUAUCCCAUUAUUCUGUGGAUGAUAUUGAGUCAUAUAAUGACAACGAAUCUGAAUCUAACAGUCCUUAUAGCGAACAAAUGCUUAGCAUUACAACUGAAGGCGACUGUAAUAAUGAUGAGUUGUAUGUCGACGACCACAACAGUCUCUCAUCAAUGUCUAGCCCUAUGUCCGGUUCGAGUGGCAGAAAAAAGUGUGGCGGAAGAGGUAGAGGUAGACCUCGAGGUUCAAAGACAAGGGCGACAGUAACCACCAGAUCUUCAUUAACAUCGGCAGCAUUGGCAGCGGCCGAGUUGGCCGGCGCUCAAGCAGGCAAAUCGGCUGCUUUAGCCGUCUAUCCGUUUCUGAGUAGUUCACACCAGAGUAGUGGUGGUAAUACACAAAAUAAUAAUAAUAAUAAUAACAGUAUUGUCGCUAAUUUAAAUCAACGAAGAAAUAGAGGCGCCAGAAGUGGUCGAUCUAAGAAUUGGACAACAAUUGAUAAUUAA